AUUGACUCUUGGUGCAAAGAGAACAGCUACGUGAUAGCUGGGUACUACCAGGCGAACGAGCGCGUGAAAGAUGCCAGUCCGACCCAGGUUGCGGAGAAGGUGGCCUCCAGGAUCGCAGAGGGCUUUAACGACACAGCACUCAUCAUGGUGGAUAACACCAAGUUUACAAUGGAGUGCGUAGAGCCUGCCAUCCACGUCUACGAGCUUCACGAGAACAAGUGGAGGUGCAAGGACCCGCACGUUGAUUUUUGUGAAGAUUGGACCGAAGCCCAGAGGAUCGCUGCAUCUCUCUUGGACAGCAAGUCGUACGAGACGCUUGUAGAUUUUGAUAAUCAUCUGGAUGAUAUCCGGAAUGACUGGACAAACCCGGAGAUCAACAAAGCUGUCCUCCACCUGUGUUAGAGGUGUUCCUACUGACUAAUUGACGGGCAUUCCCACUCUGUACUGAAGAGAGAAAAAUGCUAUUUUUGAAUGUAAAUAGAAUAAUAUUCAGUACCUUGUGUGGAAACCCGACUGAUUAAAAAAAGGAGUGGCAUGUC